AUGACGUAUGAAUAUCGACCGCUAGCAGAUGCGGGCGCCGAAAUUCGAUUGGUGGUCCUUGGACCUGGCGCGUUUAAUGACCAAAUCAACAUCACGUUCAAAGUCCAGCCACUACAUACUAGAGAAAGGCCUCUGCGCUAUCGGGAUGAUGAUCUCGUUUGGGAUGCACUUUCAUACGCAUGGGGAUCAGACAAGAAUGCGUCAGCUGUGGAGAUUGGUUGCACGGGUGGAGCCUACCUUCCCAUUACGCAUAACCUGAUGUUGCACUACGGCACAUUCGUCACAAAGAUAGAAAGCGUUCUAUCUGGAUCGAUGCAAUAUCUUGGCCCUGAGCAAGACUCAAGCAAGGAGGCUAUCGCAAUUCUUCGGCAGAUCGGUAAUUCGGUCGUAGUCAAUUGGUACUCCGAGUUCAUGACACCUGCGAUCAGUUGCUCUGAGUCAGAUAAGCAUUUCGCAGAUAGGGAUACAGUGCUUCCCUAUCGUAAUGGCGCACUCGUCCCUGUAUUACAACUUUUCGAGCGCGAUUACUUCAAGCGGGUAUGGAUCCGACAAGAGGUAGCUCUCGCCACACGGGCUACAAUACAUUGUGCCCACGACCAACUUGAUUCCGUCGCCUUCAAAACGACUGUUGCAUGCUUGGUCUAUAAAGGCUUUUACUAUAGCGCCCUCCUUCAUCGGCAAUUUUCAGAAUGGGACUACUUACGGACAUUAGUAUAUUUUAUCUUUACGCUAAGACCAGCCACGUGCUCAUAUACUGUACUAGAUCGAUACCUAGGCAAUGCAGAAUGUCGAGAUGACCGAGACAGGAUAUACGCGAUGUUAUCCUUGAUGCGAGAGUCAGACGCAUCAAUUGGAAUUAGGCCCGAUUACUCACUAACAACACAAGAGCUGUAUUCAAAAGCGGCUGUCGGGGCAAUUGAACUGCACCAGAGUCUGGUGUUGCUAGAGAAUUGUCGUCUCGCCACCAGAACUCUAAACAUCCUUAACUGGGUGCCGGAUUGGACGGUGCCAUGGCAGGAUUCAAACAUGAGUACAGGCUGGAGCGCCUGUGCGUGGAUCAGUCCCAGCAUCUCGGUCUUAGAUGCGAAGCGAAUCCGUGUUGCUGGGGUAUCGGUAUCGCGCAUUGCAGCAAUUGUUCGCGCUGAUAUUGGCGAGAUCAAAGACGAAACAGAACGGUGCGAUGCUAUUGUGGAUAUAAUACGCAAUGUGGAAUCUUGCUCCAGAAAGCAAGAGGCAAAGCCAUUGCCAGAGCGCAUCUGGGUGGAUGUGUUCUGUUUGACAGCUACGAAUCGUCGCCAUGCAGAGGCUUACGACCCACAACAAACGACGUUCCCAACCUUCCAGCAAUACAUUGACGUCAUAGAAGCCAUUUGCUUCUUUCCAGAGCGGCUCACGGACUCUAAAAUUCGCUUUAAAGAGGUCCUAGUACAGCUCGCGAUAGCCUGGCAUAACUUGGACUUCUUCCUUACUACCGAUGGCUUUAUUGGACUCGCGAACCCGGGCAUAAAAGAAGGAGAUCAGAUCAGCAUACUUCUGGGAAAUAGAUUCCCUGUGGUGUUACGCUCUCAAGUCCAUACUAUUCCACACGAGCCUAAAUCUUGGCAAGUUGUUGGAAUGGCUAUAGUUGGCACGUUGAUGAUGGGCGAGAUAUUUUAUAGUUGUGCAGAUCUCUCGAGGCUACAAAGAGUUCACCGUACUUAUGGUCCUCAUGAUGCCUCUCAGUCAAUAAAUGGCUAUGCAGUCGCCAUAAAAGAUCACCAGGCAAAACAGCUCAUAACAGACCCGGCCCAGUUUCUGGCUAAGAUGGGAAUCAAAAUCGAAUUUUAUCAAAAACAUGCCCCUCGUCUUGUAGUACGAGAAGAAACAUUUCGAGCCACCAGUAUAGAUUUGCGAAACUUCAUACUAGUCUAA